AUGACAGAUGGUCAUACAGCCUCUAAGCAAGCAACGGCUUUAUCGACUCUGUUAGAAAAUAUUCGCCAGAGGACGAAGAAGACAAUUCGAUUUCAGACAGUCUCUGCAGACAACGCAAGUUCUUUUAAGCCAAAAGUCCUAGCACAAGAACUUGCAAAAGGGUCGACAUCCACAGUACAGCCGAUAUAUCAUAUUCGCUGUUUAGCCCAUAUUUUCAACCUUGUUGUUCGAGCGAUUUUUGAGGCUCUUCGAAUUUCGAUGGUAGAAGCCUCUACAGAGUUUGAGCCUUCUACUACUCGAGCUAAAGAUCAAGAGGACUCUGACGAUGAUUUUGAUACUGAAGAUUCUACUGCUGGGGAAAAUCCUUUUGGAGCUGUUAUUCAAAAGAUUCGUGACCUCGCAGUUUCCCUUAAGCUUUCUAGUAAGAAGACGCAAGAGUUUCUCGACCUCCAGAAAUCGACUCGCAUUGGCCAGCGACCACUACGCCUCCUCCGCGAUGUUAAGACAAGGUGGAACUCUACUAUACUUAUGUGUCUCCGCGCAAGAGAGCUUAAAACAACGAUUUCAGCUUGGGUUGAAAAGCACUCUCUACAGGAACAAUUCUCUCUUGUGGAGACCGAUUGGGAGGCUCUUGAUAUUCUGCUUGAUAUCACCAGCCCGUUUUUACUCUUUACAAACAUCCUCAGCCGGUUAAAUGACCUUACCCCUGGUCAUACCUUUACUUUAUUACAAGUUGCAACAGUUCACUUGUACUUUUGCGCCUCUGCACUUAAAGAUAAAGUUACUAGCAAAGACUUUACUUGGAUAUCAAUCCUUCAGGCUGCUACGAAAAAGGGCUAA